CCUCGUCGUUUUUACUGGAAGGGGGAGCAAGUGACUGAUGUCAGAUGUCGAAGAAUUCGUGUACGAAUCGGAUGGGGACUACUACGUCGAUGAAGACUACGAUGUUGACGAGGAGGAGGAGAUGGACGAUGAUGCUGUUGAGCUCGAGAACGCUUAUUAUGAUGCCACUGACCACUUCCGAUCGAACCCCGCUGUAGCGUUGGAGCACUUUAAUAAGGUCAUCAGACUGGAGAAGGAGACGAUGAAGGACGACUCGAUCGCGUGGCGGUUCAAGGCACUUCGUCAUGUUGUGGUAUUGCAAUGCCGAUUGGGGUAUCCCUCGGACGUAGUGGAGGCUUCGUAUAGGCAACUGUUGUCUUAUAUGGGACGGGUCUCAAAGAAUGAGGCUCAGGAGGCGAUCGAUUUUGUUAUUGAUGCGUUGUCCCCGACCACCGUGAGUAGCAUGUCAGGAGGACCGCCGCCGUCACCUGAGGAAGAAGCGUCGGGGGAUAGUCAACUCCAGGCAGUGUAUGAGCUUACUCUGGAGGCUCUGAAGAGUGCUAGGAAUGAUCGGCUGUGGUUCGCUACGUCGUUGAAGUUGGCGAGGCUCUAUUUGGCUAAGGGCCAGACUGAUAGAAUAAAGAAGGUCCUCGCUGAGCUACACUCACAUGUUGAAGACUUCGACUACAGUGGUGAUGAGGGUGCUAAGAGUGCUAAACUCCUCGAUGUGUACUCCCUGGAGCUGCAAGUUGCCGUAGCAGAGAAGGACAAUGCCAAAGUGCGCGGCAUCUACCCCAAGACGCUCAGUCUCACGCAUACCAUCGCGGACCCUCGUAAUGUGGCGGUUAUACGUGAGAGCGGUGGGAAACUGUUUAUGGCGGAGCGAAGGUGGAAUGAUGCUUAUAAUGAGUUCUUUGAAUCCUUCAAGAACUACCAAGAGGCUGGCAAUACUCGGGCCAAGACUAUACUGAAGUAUGUUGUAUUGGCAUCGAUGCUCUCACUAUCUGAUAUCAACCCGUUUGACUCGAGGGAAGCGAAAGUGUAUCAGAAUGACCCCGAGGUGUCCGUUAUGUCCGAGAUAAGGCGACUGUAUGAGGCGGGAGAUGUGAAGGCGUUGAGUGGACUUCUUCAUAACAAUACAAGCAUUACUCGCGAUGCCUUCAUCAAGGAGUACGUCGGCAUACUACUACUGAAUGUGCGUCUGAAGGUGCUGGAGGCGCUGGUGAGGCCGUAUCGUCGGGUGCGACUGGUUUAUCUGGCAGAUUCGCUGUGUAUGCCUGAGGAGGAGUUGAGAGCCCUUGUUGUGAGACUGAUAGAAGAGGGACGAGUUGACGGCGGGAGAAUCACUGUAGCUGAGAAUGAGAGCUUCUUGGAAGUUCCCAGCAAAGUUGAGCGGGCUGCCACUGCGGCAUCUUCAGCUCAUUAUGAUGCUAUACGAAAUUGGCUAGAUUCUGCUAAUAAGCUGUCGGAAAUGUGCUCGGCGAUGGUGUUGUCUCUACCGUCCGUGGAGAGAACUAGUGAGGCAGCUGAGUCUACUCGGGCUCGGCACCGGACGAGACAUGCCCAUCCUGGAGGGCGUCCUGAAGGGCUUCCUCGGUGGCAACAUAUAGCUCGAGAGUCUUCUGAUGGCACUCAGAGUGUUGAUGAUGAUGGUGACACUGUGAUGGACGCAGGAGUGGGGAUGAGCGCACCUCGGCGUCGGCUGGUCGAAGAUCCCUAGGCUUGAUGCUCUAUCACACGGUCUACUUGCUAUGAUGC